GAAAAUUUGCUGCAGCUGGGGGUUAUUAAUAGAUAUCGAUGUAGGGUCUUAUUCAUAGCAUCCAACGUCUGAUAUAAUUGCGAUAUCCUGCGAAGCGCCAUCUUUAUAGCUUCACUUCAUGAAAGUCAAACAAGCUUGAACAUGGCAUACACUAUUACAAGCAAUUCGCCUAUACAGGCUAACCCAACCAAGAUCUUUUUACAUGGUCUUGGAAUACUCUCCUUUUCCUAUAGCUUUUACCUCUUGACAACCUGGGACUCAGCAUACUCUGAUUCUUUCGGAUGGUACUUUCAGCUUCUCACUGUCGUGGGCCUCACCUUAUCUCUUAUCACAUCUACCUUUGGCCUCAUCGCAGAUCUUAUGAGACAUGAUGGCUUCUCAAGGACCAAAGACACUAUCUCACUUCUUGCGACGCCUCUCGAAGUCAUGAUUGCUGUCCUAUACUGGUCUAUCAAAUUCCACGAUCCAUCAUUACUCAUGCCAGCCGACCUUGUCAUCAAUCCCUGGGCUGAUCUUGGAUACCACCUGGUACCUGCGGUGCUAUUGGUACCGGACUUACUGUUGUACAGUCCCCGAGCGACUAUUACUACGAGGAGUAUGAUGUUCACCAGUACCAUUUUGGCUGUCGUUUAUUGGUGCUGGAUUGAGUUGUGCUAUUACCAAAAUGGCUGGUAUCCGUAUCCCAUGAUGGAUCAGUUCAGUGCCAUUCAGCGGGUUGCAGUUUUUGUUGGGUCAUCAGGAUUACUGACCUUGACAUCGUCUUCCCUCCAAUGGGUACACGGCAAGGUACACGGUCUUAAUGUGACGAAGAUCAAGCCGAACUAAAAAUGAUCAAAACAAGUCAGGUCGCUGUGGACUCGGAAAGAGGUGCCUAAGAGAAUAAGGGAGAGGCGGAAUUCCGUUCCAGCUUUGCGGUGGUCCAUUUGGCGAGUCAUUUCGCUGUAAAAUUAAAGAUUUCACAGGCUUUGGUCAAACGGCAGACGGUGAAACAAAUCCAUUAGGAAUUAGCCAAUGGACCCAUGAAGAUCCGUGUCCAAGCUCCAGUGAAUCAGCCUAACUAAUUCACUGUAUCGAAGGAUUCAAUCCUGGAGGAAUAUUAAUUUUAUGGGAUCAAAUUUCUAUUGUUGACCACUGAGGCGAAGUAAAUAGUGAAACAGCGAAAACAUGGCCUAAGCAAACCUUACGCAACACCAUAUAAGACACUAUCGCAACUCAAUAUCGACAGAAUCUCAUACA